AUGCUUAUGCUUGCCGGGGAAGAUUGGAGCUUGCAGAAUGAACAGGGAUGGAGUGCACUUCAGGAAGCAAUUUGCAAUAGGGAAGAAAGGAUUGCGAAGAUUAUAGUUUGGCAUUACCAGCCAUUGGCUUGGGCAAAAUGGUGCAGAAAGUUGCCUCGGUUAAUUGGGACAAUGAGAAGGAUGAGGGAUUUUUACAUGGAGAUCAGUUUUCAUUUUGACAGCUCAGUCAUCCCUUUCAUCUCGAGAAGAAUUGCCCCUUCUGACACGUACAAAAUUUGGAAAAGGCAUGCCAAUUUGAGGGCAGAUAUGACUCUGGCUGGUUUCGAUGGUUUCAGAAUUCAGCGUUCGGAUCAGAGAGUUCUUUUCCUCGGUGAUGGUUCUGUGGAUGGAAAAGUUCCUCCAGGGUCACUUUGUAUGGUGUCACACAAAGAUAAGGAGGUCAUGAAUGCUUUGAAUGGUGCUGGAGCUCCAGCAACUGAGGCAGAAGUGCAGCAGGCAGUGAUUUCCAUGUCUCAAACCAAUAUAUUCAGGCCUGGGAUUGAUGUCACUCAAGCAGUUCUUUUGCCUCAAAUGACAUGGCGGCGACGGGAAAAGAUGGAAAUGAUGGGUUCCUGGAAAGCAAAAGUUUAUGAUAUGCAUAAUGUUGUUGCAACUAUUAAAUCAAGGAGGGUUCCUGGAGCCAUGACGGAUGAUGAGUUCUUUAACUCUUCCAAUGUAAAUGAAGCAGAGAGUGAGGAAUUCGAUGUAUAUUGA